CGCCCCCCACGGGCCGCGCGCCCCGGCGCUGAGGAUGCAGCCCACGCCCACCAUGGCCACCGCCGCCGCCAGUGCGGCCGCCACGCCUGCCCUGACCUCGAGGUGGGACAACAGCACCGGCGGCCCCACCGCCGAGCCCGACCGCAUCCUCAACAACUACGUGCUGCUGGUGGUGGUCCUGUCGCUCUUCGUGGGCGGCUCGCUCGUGGCGCUGUCCGGAGUGCUGCUCCUGUGCCGCCGCUGCUGGGAGGCCCGCCGGCGCUUCAACAGAGCCAUGGAGGAAGCAGAGAAGACCACCACCACCUACCUAGACAGCGGCGCACACCCAGCGCAAGACCCUGACUUCAGGGCGGAGGACCCCGAGGGCCAGGACGCCGAGACAGAGCGCUUCCUGUCCACCAGCUCCACCGGCCGCCGCGUGUCCUUCAACGAGGCAGCCCUGUUUGAGCAGAGCCGGAAGUCACAGGACAAGGGGCGCCGGUACACCCUGACGGAGGGGGACUUUCACCACCUGAAGAAUGCCCGCCUCACGCACCUGCACCUGCCGCCCCUCAAGAUCAUCACCAUCCACGAGUGCGACGUGGGCGAAGCCAGCGCCACCCCCCCUCCACACGCUGCCGCCGCCCCGAAGGCCAGCCUGGCCAUAUUCCAGCCCCCGGGGAAGGCCCUCACCGGCCGCUCUGUGGGCCCCAGCUCCGCCCUGCCAGGUGACCCCUACAACUCAGCCGCGGGCCCUGCCGACUUCGAGAUCAGCCCCUUGGCGUCCAGCGACUCUGGGGAAGGCGCCUGGGUGAGGGCCCCCGAGCGGCCCCUCCCCUCCCUGCCCCACUCCAGGACCGAGUUGGAUGCAGGCGCCCGGAGCACCAAGCCCGUGGGGCCUGUAGCCACGGGGGGGCCUGGGGAGGCGGGUCCAGGCUCCGGGGCAGGACCUGUUCUGCAGUUCUUCACCCGCCUGAGGCGCCAUGCCAGCCUGGACGGGGCUAGCCCCUACUUCAAAGUCAAGAAAUGGAAGCUGGACCCUAGCCAGCGGGCAUCCAGUCUGGACACCAGAGGCUCCCCCAAGCGGCACCACUUCCAGCGGCAGCGGGCGGCCAGCGAGAGCUCGGAGCAGGAGGGGGACGCCCCCCGCAGGGACUUCAUCCAGUACAUCGCCAGCACCGGCGACUCGGUGGCCUUCCCGCCCCCCCGCCCCCUUCUGGCCAGCCCCACCAGCCCAUCCCCCGCUCUCGGCAGGCUAGAGGCAGCGGAGGAGGCGGGCGCCGCGGGCGGAGCGAGCCCCGAGUCUCCCCCCGGGCGCAGCGGUGGCGCGGGGCCUGAGCAGCAGCAGCAGCAGCAGCAGCAGCAGCAGCAGCAGCAGGAAUCGGACGGUGAGCGGGACUCGGGGCCGGAGCAGGCCCAGACCACCUACCGGGACAUCUGGAGCCUGCGUGCCUCGCUCGAGCUGCAUGCGGCUGCCGCUUCGGACCACAGCAGCAGCGGCAACGACCGAGACUCGGUGCGCAGCGGCGACAGCUCGGGCUCAGGCUCCGGGACCACCGUGCCCGCCUUCCCGCCGCCCUCGCCGCCCCCCACCCCCCGGUCCGCGGACGGCGAGGCGGGAGGCCCGCGGAAGCUGCUGCAGAUGGACAGCGGCUACGCCAGCAUCGAGGGCCGCGGCGCGGGCGAGGAGGGGCUCCUCAGCGCGUCCGAGAAGCGCUCUUCCUUCACCGCCGCCGGUCGCACGGCCACGGUGGGCGGCAGCUUCGAGGGGGCGCCGGCGCCCGCCGACGCCCCCGUGCGGCCCCGCAGCCCGCGCGCCUGGCCCCGCCGCGCCCCGCGCCGCGACUACAGCAUCGACGAGAAGACAGACGCGCUCUUCCACGAGUUCCUGCGCCACGACCCGCACUUCGACGACACGCUGCCCUCGGCCGCGCGCCACCGCGCGCGCGCGCACCCGCACCCCCACGCGCGCAAGCAGUGGCAGCAGCGCGGCCGGCAGCACAGCGACCCCGGCGCGCGGGCCGCGCCCCCGGCCCCGCCCGCGGCCUCGCUCGGGCCCGACGCGCGCCCGACGCGCGCCCCUCUGCGCCGAGGCGACAGCGUCGACUGCCCCCCCGAGGGCCGCGCGGGCGACGAGCCGGCCGCGCCCGCCAUCCCGGUCAUCGAGGAGGAGCCCGGCGGCGGCGCCUGCCCCGGCUCGGGCCUGUGCGUCGGGCCCCCCGGGACGCUGCUGGACAAGCUGGCGGCGGGCCUGGAUGAGAGGCUCUUCCCGCCGCGCCUCGCCCGGCCCGUCGCCGCGGCCCCCGCGCUGGCCGCCGCCGCGCCCACGUCUCCCGACCGCAGCCCGGCCUAGGCCCCGCCGCCGACACCCACCUCGUCAGCUUCCCGGGCGCCGCGCGGGGCCCCCGCCCGGGGCGCGACGCUCCGGGGCGAAGGCGCGCGCACGCCCUUCCGUCGGCCGCGAGUGCGCGUGCUCGCGUCCCCGGGACUCCCUGGAGCCGCCUCUGGCGCGCGCGCACGGUCCCCGCUGGGCCCGAGGCGCCAGGCCGGGGGGCCCUGGCUCGGCUGGAAGGGGCGCGGCGCGGGGAGGACGCUCCCUGCCUCCCACCCCAGGCCGCAGCGUCUGGAGCGCCGAGGACCAGGCCGGCGCGCGCGCGGGACCCGCUCCCGGAGGCGCCGGGCGAUGCGGCGGCAGCCGUGCCGCGCAUGCGCAGGGCGGCCCUGCCGGGGCCAACCGGGCCUCGAGGCGCGCCGCUCGCGCAGAGGCCGCCCCAGGGCGCAUGUGCAGCUGCCCCC